CCCAAUGGAAGCCAGCGUUGACAUAUGCGCGCGCCCUGUGCCCAAUAAGCGAUGGCGGCUCGAAUGGCUCCUGUACCUUGCUGGCUGUGGGCGGAGCGGCUUGAAGGAGGAGGCGGCUGACCAGGGGGCGGUUUGGUUGCGCUGUACUAGCGGUGCCCGCCGUAGGGGAAGGAGGCGGAGAAGCGAGCCGUGCGGCCAGAGCGGGAAAGAGACUCGUCUCUGCGUCCGAGUUCUGGAGCCGCUGCACCGCGGCUCCUGGGGCUGCAGCGGGAGCUGUGAGGGGCCGGGCGUCCGCUGUCUCUCUGGUCCCCUCGUAGAACCCCGCGGGAUCGGAAAACGGAGAAGAUGGAGGAGGGCGGCAGCGGCGGCGGCGCCGCGGGGACCAGCGGGGACGGAGGCGCCGGGCGAGAGCAGCUCCUCACUGUCAAGCACGAGCUGCGGACGGCUUAUGGAAAAGUAUUUCUAGUUCGUAAAAUAAGUGGUCACGAUACUGGAAAGCUGUAUGCCAUGAAAGUUUUGAAAAAGGCAACAAUAGUUCAAAAGGCCAAAACCACAGAACACACGAGGACAGAACGACAAGUCCUAGAGCACAUAAGGCAGUCACCAUUUUUGGUGACAUUGCACUAUGCCUUCCAGACAGAAACGAAACUUCAUCUCAUUUUAGAUUAUAUAAAUGGUGGAGAACUUUUUACUCAUCUUUCUCAAAGAGAGCGUUUCACAGAGCGUGAGGUGCAGAUCUAUGUUGGAGAGAUUGUGCUCGCCCUUGAACAUCUCCACAAGUUGGGGAUUAUAUACCGUGACAUUAAGCUUGAGAAUAUUCUACUUGAUUCUAAUGGCCAUGUGGUGCUGACAGAUUUUGGUCUGAGUAAGGAGUUUGUGGCUGAUGAAGCUGAAAGAGCAUAUUCCUUUUGUGGGACUAUUGAAUACAUGGCACCAGAUAUUGUCAGAGGGGGAGAUUCGGGACAUGACAAGGCAGUUGACUGGUGGAGUUUAGGUGUUCUAAUGUAUGAAUUACUAACUGGAGCGUCUCCUUUCACUGUUGAUGGAGAGAAAAAUUCCCAAGCUGAAAUAUCUAGGAGAAUAUUGAAAAGUGAGCCUCCGUAUCCCCAAGAGAUGAGUGCUUUAGCUAAAGACCUAAUUCAACGUCUUUUGAUGAAAGAUCCCAAGAAAAGAUUGGGAUGUGGUCCACGUGAUGCAGAUGAAAUCAAAGAACAUCUCUUUUUUCAGAAAAUCAAUUGGGAUGAUUUAGCUGCCAAAAAAGUGCCGGCACCAUUUAAACCAGUCAUCCGAGACGAAUUAGAUGUGAGUAACUUUGCAGAAGAGUUCACAGAAAUGGACCCCACCUACUCCCCCGCAGCGCUGCCCCAGAGCUCCGAGAGGCUGUUUCAGGGCUACUCCUUUGUUGCUCCUUCUAUUCUGUUCAAGCGUAAUGCAGCCGUCAUAGACCCGCUUCAGUUUCACCUGGGACUUGAACGUCCCGGGGUGACAAAUGUUGCCAGGAGUGCAAUGAUGAAGGACUCUCCAUUCUAUCAACACUAUGACCUAGAUCUGAAGGACAAACCAUUGGGAGAAGGAAGUUUUUCAAUUUGUCGAAAGUGCACACACAAAAAAAGUAACCAAGCAUUUGCAGUCAAAAUAAUCAGCAAAAGGAUGGAAGCCAAUACUCAGAAAGAAAUAACAGCUCUGAAACUCUGUGAAGGACACCCCAAUAUCGUGAAAUUACAUGAAGUUUUUCAUGAUCAGCUUCACACUUUCCUGGUGAUGGAACUUCUGAACGGGGGAGAGCUGUUUGAACGCAUUAAGAAAAAGAAACACUUCAGCGAGACGGAAGCCAGCCGCAUCAUGCGGAAGCUUGUUUCCGCCGUCAGCCACAUGCACGACGUCGGCGUGGUGCACCGGGACUUGAAACCCGAGAAUUUAUUGUUCACUGAUGAAAAUGACAAUCUGGAAAUUAAAAUAAUUGAUUUCGGGUUUGCACGCUUAAAGCCGCCCGAUAACCAGCCUCUCAAGACGCCUUGCUUCACUCUGCAUUACGCGGCCCCAGAGCUCCUGAACCAUAACGGCUACGAUGAAUCCUGUGACCUCUGGAGCUUGGGCGUCAUUCUGUAUACAAUGUUGUCAGGGCAAGUUCCAUUCCAAUCUCAUGACAAAAGUUUGACGUGUACCAGUGCAGUGGAAAUCAUGAAGAAAAUUAAAAAGGGAGAUUUCUCCUUUGAAGGAGAAGCCUGGAAGAAUGUAUCUCAAGAGGCUAAAGAUUUGAUCCAAGGACUUCUCACAGUUGACCCAAAUAAAAGGCUUAAAAUGUCUGGCUUGAGAUACAACGAGUGGCUUCAGGAUGGCAGUCAGCUGUCCUCCAAUCCUCUGAUGACCCCCGACAUCCUGGGAUCUUCAGGAGCUGCUGUACAUACUUGUGUGAAAGCCACUUUCCACGCCUUUAACAAAUACAAGAGAGAGGGGUUUUGCCUUCAGAAUGUCGAUAAGGCCCCUUUGGCUAAGAGAAGGAAAAUGAAGAAGACCAGCACCAGUACGGAGACGCGUAGCAGCUCCAGCGAGAGUUCUCAUUCUUCUUCGUCCCAUUCUCACGGCAAAACGACGCCUACAAAGACACUGCAGCCAAGCAAUCCCGCUGACAGCAAUAACCCAGAGACCCUCUUCCAGUUCUCAGACUGAACAGCACAGGAAUGGUAGGAAUGUAACCUGUGAUCCGUUGCACCUUUGGUCCCCUCAGCAUAUACCUGAGGCGAUGUUUUGUGCUUUUAAAAAAAGUGUCCCAUUGGUCUCAUUGGAAUCUGCCUCUUAGGGAAUGUUUUCAGGAAAACCCAUUGGUUAUCCUUGUCCAAAAACGCUGGACAGAGAAUGUUACUGUGAAUAAAGCACAUGCCAUACUGUUUAGCGACCUAGCGUGAUGCCAGCAGGACUGUUCUUGAAAGAGCAAAGGCACCUGUAUGUGUAAUCAGAGACUGGGUGGAUUUGAACUGCUCACAGAGUGAGUCACAGGCUUUUCAGAUGUCUGUCAACAAGAGUUACUCCUGUGAUGAUGGCACCUUUUGCUUCUCCUUGUGGAUAAUGUGGGUUUUUAAGAGAUUUGCACUCUUUGAACAGUGAUUUAUCAGAGAAAAAAUGUCUGUUUUCGAAAAGUUUCUGUAAUGAAUUUUAUGUGUGGCAUAUACUUACUUCUUGAGAGAGGAUUUUAACUUAUUGUUUUUAUUUUAUGGUUUCAUGAUGAUAACCUGCUAUUACGAAUCUUUUUCUAACACGUAAAAGAACAGAUACAAGAGCUUACAGUCCCAGGCUCUGUAUUUGGGACCCACCUGAGACGCAUGCUAAGCUGCAUAUGUUUUUGAUUUUGCACUGCUCUUUCCUGGCAAUUUAUUUUAAUGGUUACUGCAAAACAUUAAGGUACAUGUCUCUGUUUAAGUAAUAAUGCACUUUAUAAAAGAAUCUGAAUAAACAAGCUGUUUUAUAAAGUGCACUGUUUAAAGCAUAUGUACUGUAUUUUUGCCAUUUUUUCCAUUGUGUACUUUAAAUUUGUCCUCACCUCCCCCUCCUACUUGGUUUGCAACAAGGAGAAUGGGCCGAGUGGCAUAACUUCAUCUUGAGCCACUUAGGUUCCGAUGUGAGGAAAACCUAAGGGAAAUUCUUUUAAACACUGUGCUUCAUAUUUGUACACUGUGUUGUGCUACAGUGAGGCAUGUCCUCCUGUAGUCGGAUAUUCUGUACAUAAUAUUUUAGAAUCAUAACUAUGACUUGUUUUGGAAUUUUUCUGUUAAAUUUUAAAUGCAGAAAGCCUAUUUUAUAAACUUAUGCAGAGCACUUUUAUUGCUCAAAAGUUCUGAAUUCAUACCGAAAACAAGUGCUAUGUGAUGAAGACAUUUCACUGAAAGAUUGCUGCAUUUUAAAAUAUGAUUAAUUCAUUCCCUAUGCAAAAAAAAAGGAGUGGUAGGAUUCGUAUGUUAUGUUUUUCUUUUAAAGCCAUCACAUGAAAUGUCAGAACUGAGAAAGAUGAUCUUUGUUUACAGGAAUCAUGCUUAAAAAGAUAAUGCCCAACGUGUUCAUUUUAUAGCUUUUGUUAAUGAUGACUCUGGCACAUUAAUUUGGAACGUGGGCAUGAUAUUUAUUUAUUCCUUUCUUGAGAUAAUAGCAGCAUUAAUUUCAGCCAGUUAUGAAUACUAAAAAUAUUGCACUCUAUGUAAUAGUAGUAUAUUUAUUACUAAAUCAAUGUAUAUAUUAAUAGCACAGGCAAGAAAAAUGGCAAAUAUUAAAAUAUUUUCAAAAUAUUGUUUUAUCCUGUUCACAUUUUUGUCCACAAUGGUUAUUGGAAAUAACUUUUUAUACUUUUCAGUGGCUUAAUUGGCUACAUAAUUUUCAUUGAGACGGUUGUACUCCUAGCUUUCAGUCAUUCUUCGGUAAUGAUACGAAAUCGUAUGUGAAGUAUUACCAAAUUAUUUAUAUGUAGCUAUUUCACAGAAUGCGAUUCCAUCAGGCACAGAUUUAUAGUAAUUAAGAAAAUGCCCGUUUAUAUGUAUAGUUAUGGUGACUGUAUUUGGAAAUGUGUGAUUUAGCGUUAGUCCUUUUUAAAACUGCAUCCUGGUAGAAAAUACCAAUUGUAAAGUGUAAAUUAAAAGGACCUUGUUGGUAAUGGAAAAUGAUCCAGAAAAAUGGUCAGUGUACCCUAAUGAUUGAUGAUGUAAUCGACUCAUCGUGAAUACUGGAAAUCAGUGGGUUUCAUUUUCAUUUAUUUUCCUUGCCUUCUCGUCUGGAGGACAUGACAGAAAAUGAAAUGGGUAAAACAUCGGGCAGCUUAGGAGAAAGGAAAGAGACGUCUGAUACAUCAGCUUAUGAGCCUCCCUGAAUAAUCUAGAUGGAGCUCUUGAGAAGAGCUCAGAAAACACACAGAGCUUUAGUACCCUCUGGUCAAGUAUCUUCGAUACCAGAAAAGACAGCAUUUGAUGCUAGUUUGCAGCAGCUAAGCUGUGUACAGGCUGUUAGGGUACAGUGAGAUGCACUUUCAAAUUCACAAAAUUUUUAUUUAGUCACAUCAAAAAUAAACCAAAAAGCACUUCAUAUGAAAAUGUUAAAUGAAAGGACUCUUUUGGUAUCAGGAGUGAAAUAGAAGUAGAUCUAAGGAAAACAUACCUACACGUUCUCUUUAUAACAACUUUGGAGAUAGAGCCAAACCACCCCUUCCCUUCUCCCCUUAUUGAUUUUAUUGUAUUGUAUGUAGUUUUCAUACCAUGAUAAAUCCUGACUCAUCUAUUUUAUAACUACAUAUGGCUAAUUGAGAGGCAAGAUUAAGAAAAGGAAGGAAAUAGAGGAAAGACAUUUGAAAAGACCAGUUUCUUCUAAUUACUGUGCCUGAUCCUAUGGAUGAGUGAGUUAAAUUAGCUAUUUUGAAAUUCAUUAAUUUUUCCAAACCUCCGUAAAAUAAUAAAUCACCGAACCACUGAAACAGAAAAUCAAGUCUCAAGUUAACUUCAACAUGCUUGUUUGUCUUGAAGUUGGAGAUUCAUUUACCCAUGGAAAACUGCCUUUGAAUUUUUUUUAUAUUACUGCUGAUUUUUUCAAUAACUGUAUAAAAGGCGACAUUUUAAAUAUAAGGUAAGUUAUUUUAAAGAAGCCUACUAGGAUAACAGUGACUAUUUUUGUAAAUAGGGAAUUCCUUUUGUAUCUCAUUUUAUGUUUUAAAUAUGGUCUCAAAUACUUUAUAAAAAUGUAUAAUUUAUUGUCUACUUGUUCACCUUGCCCCCAUUUCACACACCAGUUAUUGUCAUGUUAUUAAAUCAGGGUACCUCAAAAUAGUGAAAAUAUCUAAAUUACUGGCCCUAUAUGUAUUUUAGAUCCUUUGAUUAUUUCGAGUGUUCUCCCAAUGACCAAUAAUAAGGAUGUGAUUUGCGUAUUUGUGUUAUCACAGUUCUAAUAUUCUUUAAGAUCUAAAUAAAAAGGUUAAACUCUGA